CUUGAACAAGGCGGCCUGGUAUACCUUGUAUGCGCAUGUGUGUACAUUACCCCAAAAAGGGGGUAAUCCGUGUAUUUGUGGAUACUGUCAGUAAAAUAAACCGUAUACUAUUUGUAUUCUGAUUUUACAGUUCGUUACAUAGAAGUAUUGUGUAAAGAUGACUGAGUUCUUACGCCCUUUAUUGUAUCAAGCCAAGUCUCUACUUAACGACACCCUACACUGUAAGGCUACAGAUGUUAUAGGAAAGGCAUGAUGUGUUCCUGUGGGUCCCCUGAUGAGGCUGUGGUAAUAUAGACCAGGCAAGUGUUCUGCUACUAAAUCUUGCCUUUAUGUUCGACAAGAAGUCAUUGCUGAAGAUAAAGAAGCUAAUGAUUACUCCUAAAAGCUUUUAAUAAGCUUUAACUCGACACUCAGGAAGUUAUUCACUCAAGAUCUACUGAUGUAUUAAAGAGUCCACCACUCUUCCUAGCUGGCAGCUCUAGCUGUCUGGGAGGCUUUCUUGAACUGUCUCUUUGAUAAACAGAGCUAGAAGAAGCAACACUGCUGCAGCAUAAUUAUUCUACUUUGAUUAGUGUCUCUGAAAGCUGCCAUUGUGGUCACAUUGUCAUACGUAUUAUUCCCUUUUGUAACUUUGUCCGUUUUUUUACAAUUUGUAUGAUGAAAUUGUUGUCAAUUAUUUUGCGCAUGCGCAUACAAGGUAUACCAGGCAGACUCUGAACGACAUGGACAUACCCCUCAGACAGGGAGCCCUCUCUGCUGCUAUUGAUGAAUCCUUACUAAAGAGCCUGUUAGCCUCGGCCCCCACCACUAGGUCACGAGCACUGGCCCUCUCCACUGGUCUCCCUCACGCUCAGGACUGGCUGAACGUAAUCCCUUCUCCCUCACUCGGGCUUCACCUCCAAGAUAGGGAGUUUCGCUCUUGCCUGUGUUACUGGCUAGGGGUCCCGCUGCACAAUGACCAGUUCACCUGCCCUGAGUGUCAUGGUGUUGCUGACUCCCUUGGUGACCACCAGGUGGGAUGUGGAGGCAACAGUGACCGUAUCAGCCGUCACAACGCCGUCCGUGACGUUGUUUUUAAAGCGGCUCAGUCUGCUGCUCUGGGCCCCUCAAGAGAAACUACAGGGCUUGUUCCUGACUCGGCUUCUCGCCCUGCAGACGUCCUCCUCCCCAACUGGAUCAAUGGUCGUCCAGCGGCUCUUGACGUCCAUGUCAUUUCUCCUCUCCAGUCUCUCACACUGUCUGAGGCUGCAAGGACCCAGGGCCACGCUCUCCAAGUGGGGGUCCAGCGUAAGCUGACUUCCAAUCUCCCCAGCUGCAGGUCUGUGGGUAUGACAUGCAUUCCCCUUGUGGCCGAAACCCUGGGAGGCUUAGCAGAGGACUUCAUCUCAACCAUUCGUGAUAUCGGCCGGUCAAUUUGUCUCCGCUCAGGCGCGGACCGAGACUCAGUCACCAUUAAACACCUCUUUGGGAGAGUCAGCAUAGCCCUUUGGCGAGGGAAUGCUUCCAUGCUCAUUCACAGGUCACCAACUCUAUCACCUGUGCUUGAUGGGCAUACCUAAACUUACUAUAUGUUUGUUCUUCAUAUCUUUACCUUACUUAGAUUUCGAUUUAUAUCUGUCUACCCGUUUGUA